AUGAUAGAUAUAACAAGUGAAAGUUAUUCAUCCAAUGAUCCAGUUAAACAAUUAGAAUUUAAUUUGGAUCAAAUGCAGACAGUGACAACAAAUCAGGACGUAGAUAGGAUUUAUAAAAAUAGUAAUUCAAACACAAUGCCAGCUGCAGUUUUCGUCCAAAAUGGUAGUGAAUAUCAAGUACCAGCCGUUGAUAUUACAAUGAAUUAUAAUCAAUCAAAGGGUGUCAAAAGAGAAAAAGUCAAGUGGCAAAUCUUUCCAGUUGCUGUUUAUUUAAAGAAUCCAAUGAAUAAAAAUAUAAUUCCAACAGCAACUCUUACUGCAAAUAUUAGAAAAGGUAUUGAUCAAAAAUCAACAACAAUGUCAAGUGCUGGAGCUGAUAUAGCCUUAGGUUUAUAUGAAGCAAGUGUAACUCUUGGUGUUACUAUUGGAACAACAACCGAUAUAAACAAUUAUGGAUAUGAAAGUGAAACUAAUGUCGAUAUUAGAAUGAGUCAAGAAUUAAAUUAUUAUUUUUAUCAAACAUCUGUUUUAUUUUGUUUCCGUUGUCCAUAUGGUGCUGGUUAUAAAAAUACUUAUACACAUGGUUUAGAUGGAAGCAUUAUUGCAGAGAGUAAUCCAGGUGUUUAUAGAGUAGUUUACGGUCUUACUUCCUAUGAUGAUUGGUUCUUUGUCUCUGUUGAUCGUAAUGACUUUUUUGUAAACACAAUGGAUAACUUAUACACAGUAAAGACUCAUAAUGAAAUGGUUGAUUAUUUUAUGAAAAAUCAAUCUCUUCUCUUUAAAUCUAUUCAAAGACCAGUCCCAACAAAUUAA